CUGGGCAACUUACAUUUUGAUUUGUUUAUAGAGAAAUCAAAAUGCAUCGUAGGAAAUGAACUCGUCGGCAGAUGAUGCCAUCUCCUAUGGAGAUCAAUGGGGACGGAACAACAUUUGAUACCGUUUCGGCAUUAUCGCCUGCUAAGACUGGCCAUGAUUCUACUAACAUUGAAACGCUCACCAAACAAUUGGAGAAGAUCAAUGUUUAUCAACUCGCGAAAAAGCGUUUAAAGAAGAAGCCGAGAUACAUUGAGACAAGCAAGCUGCUUACGCUCAAUCGCAAUUCUUGGAGCUUCAUCAGACGCUCAUAUUGAGUGAAAUAGUUCAUUGAAUAUACACUCGUCUCAAACAGCUUGUAAGGAAGCAUUUUCGUCUUCUAGUCGUAGCUCCUUGUAGCAUUUUGAAGCGCUUUACAACACCAUCCAGUUGCUCAUUGUACGCCGAAUCAAUUUCGCGUGACUUGAUAUGACAUUUGAUUAAGCAAUAUCUCAUAAAGUCUUGCCCGUGUUCGUGUUCGUCGAGAAAACCGAAGAGAUGCAGCAUUACAGUAAUCAAAUGCAUUGCGGAAGCGAUUCUUGACCAUGUUACAGGGUACAUGUAAAGUGAGGAUCAGACUUUUGUUGCUCUUGUAAAGACGCAUCAAUUCAGCAAUCACAUCAGAGUUCGAAACGUCAGACACCUUCUAAAAAAUUUUAUAGUCGUACUUGUUGGAAUUUUGGAUUCGAGCAAUGAAAGGCAAACAGAGAUAUAAGAAGAGUUAGUACGAAUUAGGAUCCCAUUGCAUAGUGUCUCCUUCCCCGAUUUAUAUAAUCUGAGAAGUUGUCUCACAUACAGUUGUGGCUUGUCAUUGCUCAUUAUCUGUUUCACUUCAUCUAGAUUUUGAUUUUCGAUCAAAGCUUUGACAUUUUAUUUUGUGCUUGAAUAGAAAGCAUGUAUAACGAGUUCUUUGUCCGCCGCUGUUGUUCGUUUAAUGCUGGUCAUGCUCACUACGUUGGGCCUGCGACUUAUAAUAGCCUGUGAAAGCAUAUGAAUCGGGUAAAGACUUUUCACAUGACCCAUGGUGAAGUGUUACGUUCGCAUCAGUCUGGAUUAGAUGGAAGUGGAUUUUGGGGAAACCUUUGGGGAGGAGUCAAAUCUGUUGGAACGAAUGCGUGGAAUAUCCUAAGAAAUAUAUGAUAACCAAUUGCUGGAUCUUUGCUGGAUACUAUGUAACUGAUCCCGAGACCGGUGGAUUUAGUCACGAAAUGCGAAAGGUAAUUAAGCAAGUGGCAUGGCUGAUCCACGUCGCGUUCGUCGCAUGGAGGGAGGAAGCUUUAGACUGGGUUAAGGUCAAUGGGAAAGAAGAAUCCAGGAGGAUUGGCUCUAUUUUUUUCUUUGUAUCGCUUGGUUGUGAUACGCUUGUACAACUUCGAGAUCUUCUCACAAAAUUUCGAUCGCUUGUCAGGGACUUCACCGGCUGUCCCACACCACCUUUGAUAGUGCUGAAUAAUAAUAUCGUUGUUACAAUAUCCUUGUUGUGCUGUUCCGCUAGAUUUACAUCAAAAAUCUUGUCUUCGACGAUGCCAAUCAAGUUUUGAAGCACCAAUAAAUUCAGUAAUAUUGCUUGUACUUCUUCAUGGUAGAUAUACUGCACAGAAUCGGUGAUUGUAGAUUUCAUUCGCUCAAGACGAUUACGAAACGAGCACUUAUCACCAGCAAUUUCCUCAAACCAGCGCAAUUUUUUAUGUCGAAGUUGUCGCGAUCCACGCUCUCCGAAGACAUUGAUAAGAUGCUUAGUCGUGUGAAAAUUUGCCGUUCUCAGAACACUCGUAAGGGGAUUGACUUGCCAAUCUGCUUUCCUAUUGAAUAUAACACGAUCAAUAUCUUCGUCUUGCUGUCUGGAUAGUGGCAAAGGCUACCGAUGUACUCCAUCAUUCACUGGUAUGAGUGAAGCAAAUGAUACACGUCAGGUAAUCGACUAAUACUCGACAGAAGUCUUGCGCAAGUACCAAUCAGAUUGAGCAUGACAAGCAAAGAAUCCAGCGAGAUUCCACACGUUAAAUUGUUGCAGAACCAAUCACUUUGAAUCAUCAUGCAUAAAUUAUGCAAUCGCUCAUCAUAGAAUUUCGUUGCACGAUAAUAUUUCACACCGCAGUCAACGUUCGCUUGUUCAAUGAUUCACGGUUUCACUCGCCUUUAGCAUCUCUGAUUCAUCCUGUUUAUUAAAUUGAUAUUGCAAAAGGUACGUGGAUUCGUCGUUCUCAACGCCAGGUGUGACAUCAUCACUGUGCUUGCAUUCGAUGGAAUCACCAAUUGCGUGCAUCUUUGAUUUGAUCCAAUCACUUGGUGACAAUACGCGCGAAUCAGCAAUCAUUUAAUUUCUAUAUUUUGAGAGAUACAUUUGUAAAUAUUUAAUUUGGAGUGAACAUAUUGGCACGUUGGGCACAAGAAACGUGUAUUGCCUUGGUGCGAUAUGUUAUGGUUGCAAAUGUAAUGUGACGGCAUCAUCCCCCCCAUACUUGACAACCACUUCCCCAAAACGAGUCUCUCCUGUCGCGUCGUCAAUAGGAAAAAAUGCGGUCGCUCUACGAGGAUCUUGAUUACAUAUGCGAUACUUUUGCAAAAAUCUAAGACGACGUAAUCACUCGAUUGCAAUCCAGCGUGUUUACCCCUUGAACCGAAAUGGCUCAUAUGCUCACCAAUCUUGGCCCCACUUCUUACUACCUCGAUGCCCCACAUACGAUCGCCAUCCACAAAAAAGUCAAUUUCCUCCUUCACCUUUGUGUCCAUAGCAAACGACCACGACAACUCGAAGCAAACCGUAGUAUUAGAAGUCGUAUUUUAAAGGAGUCCACUGUGAACAAAUGCUGGAAUGUCGUUUCUUUUGGAAAAUCAUUAAGACUUGACGCUGAUGACUUGAAAGACGUUGCCGACAUACUUUGAGUUGCUUCCAUCGCAACUUCACAAAGAGUCGAGGAAUCACUAUCGGCGCGAAUUGGGAAAUAGCAAUGCGUGAAAAAUCGCUUCGCCAGAAGCGAAGAGAAUAUCUCUGCGCAUCAAUUUUCAAAUUUUGGCAAACGAUGCUAAAACGUCGGAUAAAGACUGGUCCACUUGGCGAAUGGAGUAAUGCGUUCUCCCAAUACACAUUUCAACAUGGCACCAUUCACUCUACUUGAAAUGCGAGUUCGAUCAACGGUACCAAAACAACGAUUCAUGCGAUCCAAAAGUUUUUUCAAGUGAAAUGCUCGAAGACACUCGACUUUGGUUAAUACGUGGUGACGAAAUCGAUCGGCAUUAAAAGAUUCGCACAAUGAACCAAUCAGUCCAUUGCAAUGCUCGACGAUAGCUUUCUUCAGCUGUAAAGAUUCUGCUUAUUCGUCGACAAGCCGAGAGGCGUUUUAGAGCUGAGCAAUAAUAGAGACUGCUCAUCGGAUAAAGGCAAAUCUUCUUUAUCGAUUGUUUCAAGUUGCUUGAAUACUGCUGGACUCAA